AUGAUCGAUAAGGAAGGUUUUCUAGAUAUUGAUACAACUAAAGAAGCUGAGUUUGAAGAAGUGUUUUCUAGAAAUAAUGUGCCUAAAGACAAUAAUAAUAACAUAACUCAACUUAUAAAACUAUUACAGGAUUUUACAGAAAGAAGCGAUGAAGAGUCUGACAAAGAAAGCAGUGAAAGCAGUGAAAGUGAAGAAUCUGAAGAAGUGAUGAUGAUAAAGAGAAUCAAAUAA